AAUAAACCGUCGAAGAAGACUUUAUUAUUCAUAUCUUCUUCCUCGUUAGUAAACAAACAUGGAAGGGAGCCAAACAUUUUGCUGCACUGUGCUGGAUAAAAAGAGCCAGAGUAAAUUCAUCUGCUACACCAAGAGAAAAACCGGAGUGUGUCACAUUGGUUUGACAGAUGCUGCUGAUGUUUGGAGCUCAGAGUUGACUGCAGACACUCUGGAGCAGUUUAGAAAGAGGUUUGCCCUGACGUCUACAGAUGAUUUCAUACUCAAACUCAGGUCGGCCUGUGGUAGUGGUGACGUGUCUGUUGUGGUCCACGACUCGAGUGCAGACCUCCAUGUGGGCUCCAGUUCAACUGGCCUCAGGAUGACCCUGAACAGGCUGGAGGGUCCUCAGGCCCGAGAGGAGCUGAAGGAGCUGCUGUUCAAGUUGGCCGACAGCCUCGUGCAGAGCGACAGUAAAUGUGGGUCUCCGUCAGUCAGUCCAGUGAAAAAUCCUCAGAGGAGACACACAGAGUUUGAGCCGAGGCAGCAGAACGGAGCUCCGUCAGUGACACUGAAGAAACGACUUCCAGGAGCUUCACUCGUCAACCCAGGAACCAAAAAAAAGCUGCGAGCGACCGGCGUGGCCUUCGAUGAAGCAGAUGAAGACUGAACCUUCAGAUUCCUCCUCC